AUGCACGCAUCCCACUAUCCAACGCUGGCCGCACAAUCAUCGUCGCAUCAACGGGGGACCUCUUACUCCACUGUACGUGGCACUGAAAAUGCCGGUGCCCGCAUUGGCCUUGACCAUCUCGACGAUGGCAGAUGCGGCACAAUAUCAACAAAACAACAGCAAAUCGGGGCAAGCAAGAGCCAAUGGCGGCAGGGCAAGGAGCGAUGGCGGUCGAGGCUGCUUCAGUUCAGACGCAAUGGUCGGUCGUCGGGGUCGGGCAGAGCUUUUCCGGGCCUCGCCAUGAGGCAGAUUGAAGAAAGCUUGGAUCGAUGUCACGUCGGCGACGCGACGGGACGAUCAAGUCGUGACUGGAUCGUUCGAGCCUGGGCUCAAGACGCGAAAAUGACAGAAAUACUGCACAAUGCCCCCAUUGUGCUAGACAACGGCUCGGGGACGAUUCGCGCCGGUUUCGCGGGCGAAGACUUGCCCAAAUGCUUCUUCCCGUCGUGGGUUGGCCGGCCGAAGCACCUGAGAGUCUUGGCCGGCGCGCUGGAGGGCGAUCUCUUCAUCGGAAACAAGGCCUCCAACGAACUGAGGGGCCUUCUCAAGAUCCACUACCCGCUGGAGCAUGGCGUCGUUACCGAUUGGGACGACAUGGAGAGGAUCUGGGAAUAUGUGUACGGCGAGGGACUCAAGACGCUGAGCGAGGAGCACCCUGUAUUGCUGACGGAGCCUCCUCUGAACCCUCGAAGCAACCGCGACACGGCCGCGCAGAUUCUCUUUGAAACUUUCAACGUGCCCGCCUUGCACACGUCUAUCCAAGCCGUAUUAUCCUUAUAUGCCAGUGGCCGGACAACGGGCAUUGUUCUCGACUCGGGCGACGGCGUGUCGCAUGCGGUGCCCGUGUACGAAGGCUUUGCGAUGCCCAGCAGCAUACAGCGGAUUGACGUUGCGGGUCGAGAUGUGACGGAGUAUCUGCAGACACUAUUGCGCAAGAGCGGCUACAUCUUCCAUACAAGUGCGGAAAAGGAAGUGGUCAGGCUGAUCAAGGAGAGCGUGUCGUACGUGGCGCAUGACCCGAAGAAGGAGGAGAGAGACUGGAUUGGCGUGAAGCCGAACGAGAGCAAAUUCGCUGAAUAUGUCUUGCCAGACGGCCACAAGCUGAAGAUUGGAGCCGAGCGAUUUAGAGCGCCAGAGAUUCUGUUUGAUCCUGAGAUUAUCGGCCAGGAGUAUCCUGGUGUGCACCAGAUUGUGGUUGAUGCCAUUAGCCGCACUGACUUGGAUCUGCGAAAAUCACUCUACAGCAAUAUUGUCUUGUCUGGAGGCAGCACGCUGACAAAGGGCUUUGGCGACCGACUCCUGACGGAACUGCAGAAGCUAGCAGUCAAGGACAUGAGAAUAAAGAUUUUUGCACCUCCGGAACGCAAGUAUUCUACUUGGAUUGGAGGAAGUAUUCUCGCUGGCUUGAGUACAUUCCGUAAAAUGCUUGUGAGCAUUGAUGACUGGCACGAGAAUCCGGAUAUUAUCCACACGAAAUUCACAUGA